GGGUGGGGGGCGUGGCCCAGCGGAAUAAAAGGGCCCUAGGAGCCCCAGGAGGCCCGUUAGAGCUGCUUGGCCGCAGUGCCCGCCCAGCCCCGGACCGUCCGCGCUCCAGCUGGUGCCUUGGCCUCAGCUGCCCUUGAAGUCACCAUGAUGUGGUUCCCACCAGCCACCCUCUCCCUGCUCCUGCUACUCCUGCUGCUGGGCCAAGCCCCUCCCAGCAGGCCACAGUCACUGGGCAGCACAAAACUGCGGCUGGUAGGCCCAGGAAGCAGGCCCGAAGAGGGCCGCCUGGAAGUGUUGUACCAAGGCCAGUGGGGCACCGUGUGUGAUGACAGCUUUGCACUCCAGGAGGCCACAGUAGUCUGCCGCCAGCUAGGCUUCGAGGCAGCCCUGACCUGGGCCCACAGUGCCAAGUAUGGCCCAGGGGAGGGACCCAUCUGGCUGGACAAUGUGCGCUGUGUGGGCACAGAAAGCUCCCUGGACCAGUGCGGGUCUAAUGGCUGGGGUGUCAGUGACUGCAGCCACUCAGAGGAUGUCGGCGUGGUGUGCCAUCCCCAGCGCCAGCGUGGCUAUCUUUCUGAGAGGGUCUCCAAUGCCCUUGGGCCCCAGGGCCGGCAGCUGGAGGAGGUGCGGCUCAAGCCCAUCCUUGCCAGUGCCAAGCGGCAGAGCCCGGUGACUGAGGGAGCUGUGGAAGUGAGGUACGAGGGUCACUGGCGGCAGGUGUGUGACCAGGGCUGGACCAGGAACAACAGCAGGGUGGUGUGCGGAAUGCUGGGCUUCCCCAGCGAGGCGCCCGUCGACAACCACUACUACAGGAAAGUCUGGGAUUUGAAGAUGAAGGAUGCCAAGUCUAGGCUGAAGAGCUUGACCCAGAAGAAUUCCUUCUGGAUCCAUCGGGUCAACUGCCUGGGGAAGGAGCCCCACAUUGCCAACUGCCAGGUGCAGGUGGCGCCAGCACGGGGCAAGCGGCAGCCAGCCUGCCCAGGUGGCAUGCACACUGUGGUCAGCUGUGUGGCAGGGCCCCGUUUCCGCCCUCCAAAGGCAAAGCCUGGGCGCAAGGAGUCCCGGGCAGAGCAGGAGCCAAGGGUGCGCCUCCGCUCUGGGGCCCAGGCGGGCGAGGGCCGGGUGGAAGUACUCAUGAAUCGCCAGUGGGGUACGGUUUGUGACCACGGGUGGAACCUCAUCUCUGCCAGCAUUGUGUGUCGUCAGCUUGGCUUUGGCUCUGCUCGGGAGGCCCUGUUUGGGGCCCAGCUGGGCCAAGGGCUGGGGCCCAUACACCUGAGUGAGGUGCGCUGCAAGGGAUAUGAGCGGACCCUCAGUGAAUGCCCCUCCCUGGAAGGGUCCCAGAAUGGUUGUCAACAUGAAAAUGAUGCUGCCGUCAGGUGUCAUGUCCCAAAUACGGGCUUCCAGAAUCAGGUGCGCUUGGCUGGCGGGCGCAGCCCCGAGGAGGGUGUGGUGGAGGUGCAGGUGGAGGUGAACGGGGUCCGACGCUGGGGGGCUGUGUGCAGUGACCACUGGGGACUCACUGAAGCCAUGGUGGCCUGCCGACAGCUUGGCCUGGGUUUUGCCAGCCAUGCCAUUAAGGAUACCUGGUACUGGCAGGGGACGCCAGGGGCUGGAGAAGUGGUGAUGAGCGGCGUGCGCUGCUCAGGCACUGAGCUAGCUCUGCAGCAGUGUCAAAGGCAUGGGCCGGUGCACUGCUCCCAUGGCACGGGACGCUUUUCAGCUGGAGUCUCUUGCACAGACAGUGCUCCAGACCUCGUGAUGAAUGCCCAACUAGUGCAGGAGACGGCCUACUUGGAGGACCGCCCGCUCAGCCAGCUCUACUGUGCCCACGAAGAGAACUGCCUCUCUCAGUCUGCUGACCACAUGGACUGGCCCUACGGACAUCGGCGCCUGUUGCGCUUCUCCUCACAGAUCUACAACCUGGGCCGGGCUGACUUCCGUCCCAAGACAGGACGCCACAGCUGGAUUUGGCACCAGUGCCACAGGCACUACCACAGCAUUGAGGUCUUCACCCACUAUGACCUACUCACUCUCAAUGGCUCCAAGGUGGCUGAGGGACACAAGGCCAGCUUCUGUCUAGAGGACACAAACUGCCCCACAGGACUGCAGCGGCGCUAUGCAUGUGCCAACUUUGGGGAACAGGGAGUGACCGUUGGCUGCUGGGACACCUACCGACAUGACAUUGAUUGCCAGUGGGUGGAUAUCACAGAUGUGGGCCCUGGGGAUUAUAUCUUUCAGGUGGUUGUAAAUCCCAAAUACGAAGUGGCAGAGUCAGAUUUCUCCAACAACAUGAUGCAGUGCCGCUGCAAGUAUGACGGGCACCGGGUCUGGCUGCACAACUGCCACACAGGGGAUUCAUAUCGAGCCAAUGCAGAGCUCUCCCUGGAGCAGGAGCAGCGUCUCAGGAACAACCUCAUCUGAAGCCAUCACUGCACACUCCCAGCUGCUGCCCACACCAGAUACCUCAGCUUAUUGGAGCCAUGCCCUUCACAGAACCCUAACUCAGAGAGAAGAGGGCCAGUGCCAAGGGGCACCAAGAACUGCUCAGGAAGCCUUUUGAGGGCAAGAUCACCAAACCAGGAUGGUACUGCUCCCUUUGGAUGGCUCUGGGCCUGUCCCCUAAGGACCUUUGGUCUAUGGACUAUGACCGCCAGACUUUGUUCAGCUGAGUUCCCCUUCCAUAAGGAGACCCAAUCUUUCCUGGAUUUUGCCCCAGAGUUCCUGGUUCAGGAGCAAUCAGUUCCUUAGGGAUGGACUAUGGCCCAGUCCCCCAUCUAAAUGGUGCUUUGCAAAUGUCUUGGAGUAGAAGACAGAGGACCAAAAUACACAGGAGGUGGGAGUAGCCCUCUGCAAGGAGAUCAAAGCAACACAAAUGGCAGAGAAGUUUGUGAAUUCAUUCCCCUGCUUGAUCUCUCAUUUAGAACUCACCUGUCAUAUUCUCUAAGAGUCUGUUCUUUAGUGCCAUUACCUUUAUCCUACUGCACAUAUGGGUGUUUCUAAUAUGCCUGGAAGCUUAGGCUUCAGGCAUCUCCUUAUCUUCUGAUGGGCCAACAGUUACUGACUGCUUGAGAAGGGGCAACAUUUGCAGAAGUGGCCAGACAGGGCAGCAAGAGAAGGUCAAGCAAAAAGACUGCUGAGAUAAUAUGGAUAAUAUGGACCCUAGUCCCAGUCAGGGCCUCCACCAAGGAAAACCUAUGUGCCAUAUCCAAUCUCCCUCAAGAUCACUGUGUAUCUCAGGACUGGCUUAAAUUUCAGAUCUCAACCAAGUUUCUGAAGUGAACUUUGCAUUGAAUAAAUUUUUGCAAUGGAAAGAAAAUUGGGUCAAAUAAGCCACUCAUCUCUGUAGGAAGAACAGGUCUGGUAGACUGGGUGGCCAGGCGACUAUAGGGGAACAUUUAAUUAAGGACAAAACCUAGGAAAAGUCACCAUCCCUACUUGACGUGGCUGUGAUAUGGUCUUGCUCAAGUAGUAUAAAACCCCAUGGUCUUCCUGGACAUAAUUCUUAAUCUCUUCUCUACUUAGACAAACUUAAGAGAUGAUCCUUACAGAUCUGACAUUCUAAUGCCAAUAAAGGUUGCUCACUAUGGACUGCUUUAAAGACAA